AUGUGGAAGGCUACUGCAGGUCACACCAUUUCUGUCAGUCAGGAUGAUGGAGCUGAUGACUGGGAGACAGAUCCUGAUUUUGUGAAUGAUGUGAGUGAGAAAGAACAGCGCUGGGGGGCCAAAACUGUGAAAGGAUCCGGCCAUCAAGAGCACAUCAAUAUUCAUCAGCUGAGAGAGAAUGUCUUCCAAGAACACCAGAACCUCAAAGAGAAGGAGCUUGAAACGGGACCAAAAGCCUCCCAUGGCUAUGGAGGGAAAUUUGGUGUGGAACAAGAUCGCAUGGAUAAAUCAGCUGUUGGACAUGAAUAUCAGUCCAAACUUUCUAAACAUUGCUCCCAAGUGGAUUCAGUGAAAGGGUUUGGAGGAAAGUUUGGAGUACAAACAGAUAGAGUUGACCAGUCAGCUGUUGGGUUUGAAUAUCAGGGGAAAACGGAGAAGCAUGCCUCUCAAAAAGACUACUCAAGUGGUUUUGGUGGAAAAUAUGGAGUACAGGCUGACAGGGUGGACAAGAGUGCAGUGGGAUUUGAUUACCAGGGUAAAACUGAGAAACAUGAGUCACAGAAGGAUUAUUCCAAGGGCUUUGGUGGGAAAUAUGGUGUUGACAAGGACAAAGUGGACAAAAGUGCUGUCGGCUUUGAAUAUCAAGGCAAAACGGAAAAACAUGAAUCACAGAAAGAUUAUGUGAAAGGAUUUGGAGGCAAGUUCGGUGUGCAAACAGACAGACAAGAUAAAUGUGCGCUCGGCUGGGAUCACCAGGAGAAAGUGCAGCUACAUGAAUCCCAGAAAGACUAUAAGAGUGGUUUCGGAGGGAAAUUUGGUGUACAGAGAGAAAGGCAGGACCAAUCUGCUGUGGGGUUUGAAUACAAGGAGAAACUAGCCAAGCAUGAAUCUCAACAAGAUUACUCAAAAGGAUUUGGUGGGAAGUAUGGUGUACAGAAAGAUCGGAUGGAUAAGAAUGCAGCAACUUUUGAAGAUAUUGAGAAACCAACACCAGCUUACCAGAAGACCAAGCCAAUAGAAGCCGUGACUAAUAAAACAAGCAGCAUCCGAGCUAACUUUGAAAACCUAGCCAAGGAAAAGGAGCAGGAAGACCGAAGGAAGGCAGAAGCUGAAAGAGCACAAAGAAUGGCUAGGGAGAGACAAGAACAGGAGGAGGCUCGAAGGAAACUAGAGGAACAAGCUAAAGCCAAAAAACAAACUCCACCACCAUCUCCUACGACACAGCCAGCUGAACAGAAGGCACCCUCAAGCCCGGUCUAUGAGGAUGCAGCUUCCUGUGAAGCAGAGUCUACCUACAAGAAUUCCAGUGCAACGUACUCAGCUGCGCAUGAGCCAGAAUCUGGCUACAAAGCUGCAGAAUCAGACUACCAAGAGGCAGUGAGUCAGCGAGAGCCGGAAUAUGAGCCAGAGACAGUCUAUGAAGUGGCAGGGGCAGGAGACCAUUAUCAAGCAGAAGAAAAUGCUUAUGAUGAGUAUGAAAAUGAACUUGGAAUUACAGCCAUAGCCCUUUAUGAUUAUCAGGCUGCCGGUGAUGACGAGAUUUCCUUUGAUCCAGAUGACAUCAUCACAAACAUAGAAAUGAUUGAUGAUGGCUGGUGGAGGGGUGUCUGCAAAGGCCGAUACGGGUUGUUCCCAGCGAAUUAUGUGGAGCUGAGACAGUAGAGAUGAUUAUCUACUGGAUAUGCCUUAAUUCCCCAGUCAAUAAAUCUGACUUAAUACACUACAAAUCAUGAUGCUUUUCUGAGGAUGGAGGGAUAGUGCGUGAAAAGGAGAAGAGAAUGCUUGGAAGUUGCAGCUAAUGGCAGUUAAUCAAGUACUGGCCAAUAUUUAGGGAAUAAUAAUGUUACGAAGGAAACGGUCUGGUUACUUUUUCCUUCUCUUUUAAAGUGAGGUUUCUUGGCUCUUGCAUGGAUUUUCCUGAUCUUGCUCCUCCUCUUCAUGUUAUCCGGAGGAGGGCUGCAGACACUCAAGCACUGAUUGUCCCUAAUCUCUUCUCUGUCUGUCUGUCUGUUUUAUCCUCCCCUCUCCUCUAUCCCAGGGAAGCUUUAAAAAGUUGCUAUACAAGCGCUGAGUCACCCAGAGAGAUUCCUACUUGUUCAAAGGGAAACUGACAUCCAAACCUGUGCGACUACCUACAGAAAUAGUCUCAUGGCUUUAAAAUGGGAAAAAAGGCAGCAUGGAAUUGCCAUUGCAUUCUGUGUACAGUACAUCUUUUGUUCAUACAAUGAAACAGGCAGGCCUGCUGUGCAGUAGUAACAUUUUAUAUAACCAUAUUUAAGUCAAGGAACAUUAUACAAAUAGUUUGAUUUAAAACAAUUAUAGAUAAUCUUCAUUAUUAAGCCACACCGAGAUACUAUACUUUUUUGUACGUUCAGCAGAAACUGCUGGUAACGUUCUACUAAACAAUGGAAUUAGUUCUGUUCUUUGCCAAAAUUAAAACUGAAAUUCUUGUCAUUCUAAAAAGCUGACUUCACUGCAGAUUUAGGGUCCCUACCAAAGAUAGUAAGUUGCAUCUAAUAGUGCACAUGUUAAAUGUAUGUACUGUCUGUUUCCACCUUCUGAUCAAAACGGGAAUGGCAGAAUUGGUAUAGUAGCUAAGAAAGAAUGCAAAGACUUUUAUAGACUGUAAAUUUGGACCAAUAGAAUAUAGAAGAACUUGUAUAAAAUGGUAAAAUGUAUACUGUGUCUAGGAAGAAGGCAUCAUGUUGAAACCAAUUCUUGGAUGGUUGGGACAAUCCUUAAUGAAUGUCAUAUGUAUGUCAUGAUUAUAUAUAUAUUUUUUCUUUCCCAUGGUCUCAUUUCUGUGUUGUAUUUGCAUUACUAGGGUUGGGUUUUAUAUGCAGUUUAUUUUAUCUGAUUUUGCAUAGACACCUCAUAGGGGAUAUGGUUUUUGUAAAUUAAAUAUCAAUAAACUUUUUGAACCAUUUGCAUGGGA